CUUCAAAGCGAGGUAGAGAAACCGCUGCUCAACUUCAGAGAGAACUUUAAGAAAGACAUGAAGAAGUGUGACCACCAUAUUGCAGACUUACGCAAGCAGCUGGCCAGCCGCUACGCAGCGGUGGAAAAGGCCCGGAAAGCCUUGACAGAAAGGCAGAAGGAUCUGGAAAUGAAAACGCAGCAGCUGGAGGUGAAGCUCAGCAACAAGACAGAAGAGGAAAUUAAGAAGGCACGGCGGAAGUCCACUCAGGCGGGAGAUGACCUGAUGCGCUGUGUGGAUCUUUACAAUCAAGCCCAGUCCAAGUGGUUUGAGGAAAUGGUGACCACCACUCUGGAGCUUGAGCGGCUAGAAGUUGAAAGGGUCGAGAUGAUUCGGCAGCAUCUUUGCCAGUAUACGCAGCUGCGGCAUGAGACAGACAUGUUCAACCAAAGUACAGUAGAGCUCGUGGAUCAGUUGCUUCGGAAAGUGGAUCCUGCCAAAGACAGGGAACUGUGGGUGAAAGAACACAAAACUGGAGAUAUCCGGCCUGUGGACAUGGAAAUAUAGACUGCUCUAUAGUUGUAUGUGAUGAGUCCGCUGAAUUAACCAGGCUAAUGUUUGUUUUUUAAGGGUCAGAAGAGCAUAGGGAAAAGGUUGUUCCGCUACCAGACACCUUGUAAUUUACGCCUGUACAGGCUAUCUUUGUUACAUUUAGUCAUUGAAAUGGUCCUCAUUGUGCUAAGCCUGAAGCACCAGACAUUCCAGGGUGAAGAAACCAGAUGUGUGCUUCCCACCAGAGGUUCCCAAUUGCACGCAGCUUCCAGAAGAAACGUGCUUUCUGGUACAGAGAGCGCUCUGUUCUUCAGUGACUUUGUGCUACAUCCCUUGCAUGACUAUCUUUAUACAGUACGUUAGAACAACCACGCAGCGAGCCUCUGGCCAGCAAGUAGGUAACUGUGUGAACAUGAUGCAGGAGGCAGGGAAGUCCUGAUCAUGAAUCCCAGGUCUGUCACUGACUGCUUUAAUGGUUAUAGGCAAGGCAAUUAACUUUUCUGGCUCCCCCGUCUAUGACACACGUAUAUCUCACAGCGAUGUUGUGCGAUUACAUUUAUUUCAUAUAACACAGUUUCCCACCGUGACAGUGAAGUGAUGGCCCUUCUCCCCAAAUCCAUGGAGAAGACUCCUGCUCUUCCUGUUUUAUACUCCCUCUCAGGGAUACAUAAACCCGUUAUCAUCAUGAUUUCUGUUCUAGGCCAAUCAGUAAGGUUGAAAGUGUUACCAUCAAUGUUAUUUAUCAGGAAAGACUUGGUUGUGCUAUACCUACCUCAUUCGCUGUCUGAGCGCCCUCAAUGACAGAAAGAGGUCAUAUACCAAGGAAUAAAUGAGGUGUUCAAAA